GGUGAUCCAUCUCUUUAUUUCAUGGGAUUACAAUUUAGUAUAGUGAUCGUGUGGACUUCUAUGAUCAUUCCCUCCAUGCUAGCCACAGUGAUGGGUGGUGACCAUGUGGAUAAAGCGGAGGCAAUCCAAAGUUCGCUGUUUACAGCAGCGAUAAACACGUUGCUGCAGAUUUUGUUCGGUUCUCAACUUCCUGUGGUGAUGCAAAUUUCACAAGCUUUCAUCUACCCUGCCAUCUCCAUUGCUAUAUCAACUACAAAUAAAUUUGGUGCCACUCUUACUCCUCGUCAGAUGUUCAAAAAAUCCAUGAGACGCAUUCAAGGAGCAAGUAUUAUUGGGUCCUUCCUUCAAAUCAUCGUUGGUUUCUCUGGUCUCGGCCAAAUCUUUGCAAGCAAGCUUAGCCUUCUCUCUUCUAUUCCUCUUGUGACUCUCACUGGACUUGAAAUGUACGACCGUGGAUUCCCACAGAUGGCGAAAUGUAUUGAAAUUGGACUCCCAGCAGUUUUUCUUGUAAUCUUUUCAACACAGUUCCUUCCAUAUCUUUGGAAAACCAAAAAUCCUAUGGUCAUUCGAUCAGUUAUGAUCACAGUCUCCAUUGGAAUUGCAUGGACCUUAGCAGAAAUUUUGACAGCGGCUGGUGCAUUUGAUAAUGCUUCUCAACAAACACAAACGACUUGUCGUACUGAUCGUUCUGCCCUCAUUCCUGCUGCACCUUGGAUAAAGAUACCAAAUCCAUUUCAAUGGGGCUCUCCCACUUUUGAAGCUAGAGAUGCCUUUUUGAUGAUGGCUGCUUGUGUUGUUGCCACUAUUGAGAGUAUCGGUACAUUUUCCACGUCAUUAAGAUUAGGAGGCGAAUAUCGUGCAAAACCCCCCAAACUUAAUCGUCCAAUUGGCACAAAGCCUAUUAAACAAUAUGGGAGUGCACUGCCUAUUUCACCUGAUCUACUCCGUUAUGCUAUUGGGUUUCAGGGAAUUGGAACUUUAAUUGAUGCAGUCUUUGGAAUGGGACUUGGCUCCACUGCUUCUGCUGAACAUUCAGGGUUAGUGGGGUUGACAAGGGUAGGCAGCCUCAGGAUCAAUUUUGUAUCAGCAAUUUUUAUGCUUCUCUUUUCCUCACUAGGUCUAGUAUUUCUAACCAAAUUACAUCUCUUUUACAUAUUAUUAUUAUUAUUAUCUAUAGGAAAACUGACUGCAAUUAUAGCUUCUGUACCUUUGCCAAUUCUGGCGUCUCUGCAUAUUGUCUUCUUCCCUUAUGUGGUUUCAACUGGGCUUGAAGAUUUGUAUUAUUGCGAGUUGGAUAAGUUCAGGUCGAAGUUCAUUUUAGGGAUCUCACUGUUUAUGGGUCUCUCAAUGAAUAAAUACUUCAGUAAUUAUGAUUUAUUUUCUGGUGAAGAUCUUCCUCAUUCAAGAGCCUCCUGGUUCAAAGACAUAAUGCAAGUGAUAUUCUCAUCUGCAUCAACCACUGCAACUAUAUUUGCUUUCCUUUUUGAUCUUGUAACUCCCAAACCCCCAAAGAAGGAAGAGGAGCCAAAGAAGGAAGAGGAGAAAGAGGAGAAGAAGAAGAAGAAGGAGGAGGAGGUGGCGCAGGGGUUGAGGCCGCUGAAAGAGGAUUGGAAAAUUUACUCAGAAUCAUCCCGUUCAAGCAGUUCAACUCUAGGGAUUCCUCCUUGGAGACGACAAUUCUACUAGAAAGAAGUACAUGACAAGUUUAUAUGGAUGCUCUUACAGGUGCUUUGGCAAUAAAGAAAAACACUUAUCUAGAUCAGCUUCGUCAUGAAUUCAAUACACAAAUAAAGCGAGUCAAUGAAUUUUUUUUUUUAAUAAUAUUAAAAUGCUUUUA